AGCAAACCGGAAAAGUGGAUACACACACACACACAAACGUGCACACAUGAGCCUACUUAUUGCAUUUUCUCAUUGACACACAACAACACUAAUGCACACAAACAUAAUCACAUCACCUUAUUCCACUAAGGCCAGGAUUCAAUCCGAUCCGUGUAAGAUCCACGGUAUAGUGCGCUUGACAUUUAAUGGUAAUUUCCGAUUGAACCGACAUCUCCAGCAUUUACCAUGAACUUCGAGGAAAAUGCCCUUUUAAAGCGCUGUGAAUGGAAUAUUGGACUGAAACAUGUGGAAAGAUUAAAGGGCUCCCCGUUUUGACCUGAAGUAAAGCCUGUGAGAAUGAAAGUGUGUACACACGUUUGUCUGUGUGUGGUGCGGCUGAUUUUAAGAAUAGCCUACUUUUUAAAAUUGAAUGUAACAACUAGCCCAAUUUCUUUCCAUAAUUAGAUGUCAAGGAGAUUUCACACACAGAGAGAGAGAGAGAGCACUCAGACUGUAUAUGCGUGUGGAGGAAGGAACACAAACGCCUCCAGGUGCUUGCCAAGAAGGUGACGUCAGUUGGGCCCGCAAGUAGUCAGAAUUACAAUAUUACUGUGUGUGCGCGCGCAAGCGGUCGCAGAGAGGAGGAAAAGCGUGUUUACACAGACGGCCGAGAGCCUGGGGAAUAAUGCGCGAGAGGAAGUGAGCCGGCUCUAUGUCUGCGCGCUCCGACUUCCUGCUCUGAAGAAGGAGAAAAAAACCUCCGGAUCCCCUUACAUUCUCGAGCGCCGCAGCCCAGACUGCAUCAGCAUGGAAAACCAGCGCAUUAUACGGAAUUCUCUUUAAAAACAUAUACGGGAGGAAAGUAGACGUCUAACACCAGGUCAUGGAGAGUGCCAUCACAUUGUGGCAGUUCCUGCUGCAGCUGUUAUUGGACCAGAGCCACAAGCACCUGAUCUGCUGGACGUCUAACGACGGGGAGUUUAAACUGCUCAAGUCAGAAGAGGUGGCCAAGCUGUGGGGCCUGAGGAAGAACAAGACCAACAUGAACUAUGACAAGCUGAGCCGCGCCCUGCGUUACUACUAUGACAAGUCCCCAGGUCCAGAACAGAGGCUGGGAAACGCACAGUAUUAAAUAGAGCCAUGACUAGAUGGAACUCUCUGCCACCACAGAACAUCAUCAAGAAGGUGAUUGGCCAGAAGUUUGUGUACAAAUUUGUGUCCUUCCCGGAGAUCCUGAAGAUGGACCCCGCGGCGGUGGAGAUGGGGGUGCGGGUGUGUGAUGAGGCUGGUGGAGCCCUGUCAGAGGGGGAGGGGGAUGAGGAGGGGGUGAGGGGUGGCCCCCCAGGGAGGAACGAGUACCUCCACUCAGGCCUCUACUCCUCCUUUACCGUCAGCUCCCUCCAGCAUCCCCAAGACCUCCUCCGUCCCCCUGAUUUACUCCGACCAAUCAAGGUGGAGCCUCGACAUGAUCACCAUGACGACAGUGGCACGGUGAUUCGCUUUGUUCAGAACCGCAGCCAUAAGGGCGGGGCACUGCCGGUGGUGUCUCUGCCGUCAUCCCCGCUCCCUUCCUCCAAUGAGGGCUACUAUUCAUCCAAACCUUCCACAAGGCUAGCCCACUCCUCGUCCUGCUCCUCCUCCCCAUCACACAGCCCCACACACACACUCUGGAGGGCACGGAGCCCCGCCCCUGAGACUGACGAAUCAGAGCAGAGCGCUCAACCCCUUAACCUAUCAUCUGGUCACAGAGAUCGUGGCCAGGCCACACCCACGCCAGAGAAGAGGGGCUUAGCCAAUAGCGUCCCGCCAAAAACCAGGAAGCCUAAAGGCCUGGAGAUAUCCGCACCCUCCCUGCUCCUGACAGCCAAUGACAUCGGCUCUAUCGCCCUCAACAGUCCUGCACUGCCCUCAGGGUCCCUAACACCAGCCUUCUUCACUGCACAGACUCCCUCAGGUCUCAUCCUCACCCCCAGUCCCCUGCUGUCCAGUAUCCAUUUCUGGAGCAGCCUGAGUCCCGUAGGACCCCUGAGCCCCGCUCGCCUGCAGGGCCAUGGACCCCUGUUCCAGUUCCCCACCCUCCUGAAUGGGCCCAUCCCAGUCCCCCUGUCCAGCCUGGACACCUCCUCUCCCCUACUGCUCUCCCACAGCCCACACAAGUCCUGAUCAUCCUGGAGGACAGUACCAUACCCUACUGGACUGGACCAAAACAGGCUUAAAUCAGGCUUGACCAGAAAAAAUAUGCCCAGUCCACGCAAUUUCAAAUCCUGGACCCCGACGCAGCAGGACUCGAGGCCAAAUCAGGUUAAGCCAGUAAAUAUCAGGACACUGCUGCAAACCUACUGGAUCAGCCUUUAACUGCGUCAAUAUCAUUGACUUGAAGAUACAUUUUCUUUAGCUUAGUUGAAAAUAUUUUUUUGUUGGCUUUCUUCUGUUUAGUUUGGAUCUCAUCCAUCUUGAAAACAUUUUCUAUCCCAUAUUUAUCCACUUCUCAAUGCCAGAAUGCUGUCCCAUGCAUUGGACCUUGUCAGCCCUUUAUCAAAUGCCUGGCGUAUGGUUAGAAAUGUUUGUAUCAUUGGUUGAUAUGUUCAUCUGAGGCUGUGGACCUGGUUGUAUUGUUCUGGCUCAGUGUUUUUCUAUGGUAUUGUAUUACACUUUAUAUGCAUUAUUACCUUGUACCGGCUGUGCCUUCUCAAAUGUAAGAGUGUUAUGUCAAUGUUUUAUUUUCAAGCUUUAAAACUCUUUUUUUGACGAAAUUCCAGUUCAAUAUUGAACAAAAGCUUAUUUGUAACAGCUUUUGGUUAUUUUGUUUUUAUAAAGGAAUUGAUACAAAUGUAUUAUCAAUUAUUUGCUUUUUUGUUGUCGUUGCUGUCAGAGUCCAGUAAAAAUGUCUUACAUACGGUUUUAAAUAAAACAUGAAGCAUUGACUGCUAUUCAAGAAAACCACAAUAAAGACGAGGACAAGUGUACUUAUCAAACAGAUUUAUUUUACUGUGAUGGUUAUGCGAAAUAAAUAAUUACAGGACAA